UGUACCUGUGUGUUUCUGUGCUGCCAUUCUCCUUGGGCUAGCAGCUGAUCUUAACCUCUGCAGUGCGGCCUGAGCUGCCUGUCCUGUCCUCCUCUUCCUCUUCUCGAUUUUCCUCCUCACAGCUCCAGAGCCUGACCCUGCGUCCACCUCCGCCAGGAACCUUGACAAUCCCGCCAAAUCUCCCGCUGAAGGCCUCGGCCACAGUCCCGCCGUCAGCGGUGCCUCGCCUGAGGGCCCCCGUCGUCCCCCUGAGGCUCAGCCAGUCUCCCUCCUGCCAUGGAAGAGAGGCAUGUAAAGUUGGGGAUAGCAGCCCUACCUCUCCCCAAGCAGGUGCAAAGAGCCCACCUGUGCGCCACCUCACCGUGCCGCCUCCAUCCCUGUACAGCCCAAUCCAAUCCCACGCAUUGGCCAAGCACAAAGCCAGCAGCCCCGGCAACCUUAAACGCUCUCACAGCCUGAUGAGUUCCCAGCAGCCAGCCAGUCUCCAGAACCACACCCCGCCCAGCAGUCCCCAGGGUCCCACGCCAAAGAAGCCCUUACCAGAGUCGCUGCGCUGCCCCUCCGCCCAGAGCCUGCUCACUCAAGCAGCGUCCUCCUUCUCCGCCUCCAGCCCGUAUACCACCACAGAGAGGACCCAGACCACUAGCGCCACUCACGCCACUCACGCCACUCACGCCAGUCAUGCCACCUCCCCGACUUUAGCCUUACCCCUGGGGAGCUCAAACCCCACGUCAGAGCGCUCCCUCUUGGCCUCGAAACAGCUGUUGAAGAUCGCUCUGUCCUCAGCCUCUGUUCAGAUGGCCUGCAGCCAGUCCAAGAUGGCUGCCAUCAUCACGCCAUCUCGAGAUUACAUCCAGUCCAAGCCACUAUCCCCCAUGUUCUCCCGACCUGUCAAACCAGACUGCCAAGGCCACUCCCCGCAGAGAAGCCUGAGCCAGCCACUCAACCAGCUUUCCCCCUCGUCCACUCAGAUCCCUUCAGUCUCGACCACCACACCAAAAAUCCCUUCCCCGCUCCCUUCACCUCAGAGACCCUGCCCGCCCUCCCCAAUCCUCCCCCCUGGAUUCCCCAGCGGCCCCCAGAAACCUCCAAAAUCACCCGUGGCUUUAUGCAACCCAACACCUCCCGUCGAGAGGGUGCCACAAGAGCAGAAGCACGUGCCAGGGAUGGAGGGGAAGGGAACACACACGGUGGAGGAGAGACUGACGCCUGUGGGCCAGCUUUUGAAGACAACCAUACUAGACAAAGCUGCCACUCUGACGACGAACUCACAGACUCUGAGCUCUGCGCCCGCAGAAAAAGCUUUAGACUUCACCUUAUCUGAGGCACCUUGCUCAGGAGAAUCCCAGGGCAGAGCCUCUGUGAAGAGUACACAGCAGAAGACCCUUCCACCACCUACAGCUUCGCCUCAAGCACUGGGGCAUCAUGGAGACCAGUGCGAGGACCUCUCCACUCAAUCAGACAACCACUCAGUUCUCUCCCCUGGGUUUGCAGCUGUCUCCAGCCUCUCGUCAGACCUGUCCCCCAUCCAGUCCUCGGUGGUCCCACCACCAUCUGAUGACCCCCUGGUACCCAGUGGCUCUCCCUCACCCUUCACACCCCUGCUGGGACAGAACCCCAGUCCUUCCCCCUUAUCCAGCUCCACAACAGUACCAGAGAACCAGGAGAAGCCAGAAGCCACAAAGACGGUCAUUCUAACCCACUUGGUUGAUGGCUUCAUAAUUCAAGAAGGACUCCAGCCUUUCCCGGUGAUUCGGUCAUCCCUGAUGGUCAAGCAGUCGGAACAAGGGCCUGAAAGUGCCACGAAUGGACUGAAAGAUCCAGAACCUUUCGACUGCACGGACUCAAUGGAACCAGCAGAGAAUUCCUCUGACACAGACGCAGAUGUGGGGCCACAUGACAAUGGACUUGAAGAGGGCCAGCCGGUGAUGCUCCAGUGUGAGCUCUGCAAGAGAAGUGGCCCCUCUCACUCGUUCGUCCGCUCCAAGCGCUUCUGCUCCAGCUCCUGUUCCCGGCGGUUCAGUCAAAACAAACGGUUCCGUCCUGUCAGGCGCAGUGGGAGUCAAGAUGGCCAGCGCAGCCCGGGACUCAAAGAGUCCACCUAUGAGGGUCAGUCGGGCGCCACUGAACACUGGAGAGUCCAGCCGCCCAAAGGGGACGAGGAGGAGGCCGCUGCCCCCAUGAAGACUCGCCUGCGCCGGCACACGGAGCUGGAGCGCGAGCGCGAGACCCAGACCAGGGACGUGUCCGAGGAGGCCAGGAGAGACCCGCUGUCUCCCGAGGACCCAGCCACCUCCCCAGACCAGUCCUCUCGGCCCCGGCCUGCCGAGUGGACUGUGGACCAAGUGUGGGAAUUCAUAUCCAGCUUGCCAGGCUGUCAGGAGAUUGCGGAGUCCUUCCGAGCUCAGGAGAUUGACGGGCAGGCCCUGCUCCUGCUGACAGAGGAUCACCUGAUGAGCGCCAUGAACGUCAAGCUGGGGCCCGCGCUCAAGAUCUGCGCCCGCAUCAACUCACUGAAGGAGCACUGAGAGGCAGGGGGGGGGGGGGGGGGGGAGAGAGAAAGAGAGGGGGAUGAAGCCAGGAGCAGAAAGGAGAGAAAAGAUAGGGAGACAGAUGUGAAAUUUCAUACAGCGAGAAAAUCCCAUAUAGCCCAGAGCACUAGCCAAUAGAACAGAGCCAUUUUGUACACUUUCAAAUGAUUGAGAGAUUGAGUUGAAUUCGUCAGAGACAAAUUAUUGUAUGUGUGUUUACAAAAAAAAAAUCAACCGUUAGACGCAAAAAUGAAAUGACCUGUGUAUUUAGCAUCUGUGUGGAAGCAUGAUAGCAAUACAUGGUCAGUAUCCGUACACAUAUACAAGAUCUACACAGUCAUACUAGGAGGGGUUUUUGUGUCUACUUUUUGUAUGGGGUCUUAUAAUAAGGGUUGUUUUUUAUAUUUUGGACUGAGAAGAAUGGACCAUUCCCUGUGUUACAGAGCAACGGCUGAGGUGAAAGGCAGUGGUUAGUUGAAAGCAUGUCCCCUUUCGAGAUCUUUUCUUAUUGUACUGUAUAUAUGUACAUGUCAUAACAUUGCAGUGUUUUUUGUGUGUACAAAGUUCCAAUUGUUUUAAGAAGGAUUUGUAAUAUUUAAUAUAUUUGUUUUUGAGGCUGUGGAAGGUACAACAACACAUGCGUAUAUAUGGGUGUUUUACAGGGGAAAGAUUAACAAUACUGUGUUAAGAUUAGACAAAAAUGAAUUUUAUUAAUCAUUUAUACUGUGCAAACCAAGCCUAAGAUGUUAUUGGAUUUUAAACCCUUUUAAAGGCAUAUAAGCUUGAACAGUUUUGUUUUCUGAAAACAGGGCACAGGCGAUGGUGUCCUCUGAGACCUUAAAGCAGUCAUUUUACCGAUGCCUAACCGAUGAGGCAUUUUAUAGUGUAGUAUCAUGUCAAAGGGUGUUUGUCAUUGUCACAUGACCUUUUCCGUGCCACUUUAAGUAUUUAAUUAAACAGACAUUUUGUUACCUAUGA